AUGUCAAACUCCUUGAUAAGGGGCGCCAAGGCUCCUCGCAGUUCCUUCGACUCGGAUAAGGCAUUGCCCUUGACGCCCGAGGAAAUCAGCGCCGAAUGGCUGUCCGAGGCCCUGGGCGUCGCCGUCACGGACUUUAAGCUGGCCUCGGUCAUCCACGGAACAUCGAGCAAGGUCUUUCUCGACCUGAAGUUCGCCGACGACACCUGGAACAGCAAGGAGGAUGAAUACCCGUGGCUCUUCGGCAAAGACGGAGAGAAGCUGGCGAACCCGAUGAGGGCCGUGAUACUGGCUCUCCUCCGCCCUGAGCCUUGGGCUGUCCGGUUCGCCGAAGAUUGCAGGCCGCCUGUCGCGGAGCAGAUGCAGGACCGCGAGAGGAUGGUGCGCGCAUACGAGGCGCUGUGGAAGCAUAGUGACGAGGAGAAGCGCUUCCAAUCCAUCAUCCACAGUGACAACCACGUAGGAAACACGCUGAUCACCAAUGAGGGCACGCCUGGGUUCAUCGGUUGGCAGUGUCUCCAGUACGGCUCGCCGGUCCACGACCUGGUCUACUUCCUGACCGGGGCUCUGACCAUCGAGGACCGACGCCAGCACGAUAUUUCGCUCGUUGAGGGCUAUCUUGAGACUCUUCAUGCUGAAGGCGGCCCGAAGCUGACCAAGGACGACGCCUGGCAUGACUACCGCCGACACACGCUGCAUGGGUUCCUGUGGGCCGUGACGCCUCUGAAGAUGCAGCCAGAUGACAUUGUAUUUGCCAUUACUGAGAGGUACUCGGCUGCCGUUAUGGACCACAGGACUCUGGAGCUUCUCGAGGGCAGGGAAUAG